UAGUACCAAACCACUUGCACUAAAUUCAAAGUUUUUUCGUGCUAGUCAUUAGUGUACGUUACAAAUUCCGAAACACAAUGGUGAUUUUUGUGUUAACUGUAAUAGGAUUAAUGCUUGCUGCAAGUGCAGCGAAUGCCGAAGAAAUCCACAACUUUCGCAUGUGUCGGAAUACUAGAUGUGAAGUAUAUGAUGUGUUUAUUGAUCCAUGUCCCGAAGCUUUAGACAACCUUCCAUGUGAAUUACCACAAGGCAUUAACGCGUCUAUCGUAUUUAAAUAUAAACCUAAAUUCGGUUCUGAAACACCACAAACAAGACUAUACGCUGAAACUCUUUUAUUGGACAUGCCAUUUAUGGACAUGGACCCUAACGCAUGCUUAUACACAAAUUGUCCCAUCUUGAUGAACGUCGAACAGAAUUGGCUGUACAAUUUAUUCAUAUCCACAGACUAUCCUAGGAAUAGUUACACAGUAAAAUUGAAGUUCUGGGACAACGGACGCAAAGCCGAUAAAAAAGACGAAUGCUGCUUUAAAUUUGAUAUGAAGAUUGUUUAAAGGAAAUGGAAAAUACUUGCAAUUAUAUAUUGACACCUAUAAUAGAAUAGAAUAUAAAUACUAUUAUUAUUAUUAUUAUUAUUCAUUAUACAAUUUAAUAAUAUAUAAAUACAUAUAAUUUUAAAAAAUAUGAGUAUAUGCAGUGCUUGCCUACACGGCUACACAUGUAUAUAAUAUAAUAUACAUAAUCGCCAUAUAAUAGUAAUAAAAAUUAUUCAUUAUAUAUCA